AUGGGUAAAGCCGCACGAGGCAAACGCAAUGCGCCCUCCAGCUCUCCGUAUCAGAAGCCCGGUGGUGCGCCACUCUCCAAAGCAGCCUCUGCGAUAUUCAAGUUCAAUACGGACAUCGGCCAGCACAUCCUGAAAAACCCCACAAUCGCCGAUGCCAUCGUCGACAAGGCCAACGUUCAGCCCAGCCAGACGGUACUCGAAGUCGGUCCGGGUACGGGUAUCCUGACGACGCGAAUUCUUGAGAAAGCGAAAAAGGUCAUUGCUGUCGAACUGGAUCCCCGAAUGGCAGCGGAAGUUACAAAGACGGUUCAAGGGACGCCUGCGGAGAAGAAACUUCAGGUUAUUUUGGGCGAUUUCGUCAAGACGGAUCUCUCCAAGCUGCCUCCCUUCCAGAUUUGCAUCAGUAACACUCCUUAUCAGAUUUCCUCCCCGCUCAUCUUCAAGCUCCUCUCCAUGCCUAAUCCCCCAAAGACCUGCAUUCUCAUGGUUCAACGUGAAUUUGCCCUUCGGUUGAUCGCCCGCCCCGGAGACUCGUUAUAUUCACGACUAUCAGUCAACGCACAGUUCUUCUCUCGAAUCUCGCACGUUAUGAAAGUCGGCAAGAAUAACUUCCGACCCCCUCCACAAGUCGAGUCUAGUGUGGUCCGGAUUGAGCCCAAGGCGGAUCGACCGAACAUCAGCUGGGAUGAAUGGGAUGGUAUGCUCCGCAUCUGCUUUGUACGAAAGAACAAGACCCUGCGCGCAGGUUUCAUGGCCACGAAAGUGCGUGCGCUGAUUGAGCGCAACUGGAUCACAUGGGUCUCCAUGCACCCAGAGAAGGUUACUCAGGCGGACAUUGAUUUCCUCCAGGGCAAGGAUGUUUCUGCCCUGCAAGGUGUUGAUGAGGAUAUGGAUAUGGGCCAGGAUGGCGAUGAGCCGGUUGAGGGAGGUGACGACGAGGAUGAUAUCUUCAUGGAUUUGGGAGGGGAAAACGAUGCCCCAGUUACUACGAGCAAGGGCUCGCUCGUGGCAAUCGGAGACCAACAGGUCCCUCGGGCCAUGGUGACGAAACUGGUUCAAGCGAAGAUCCAACAAGUUUUGGAGCAGGCCAAUUUGGCGAACGCUCGUGCCCAGAAGUGUGAUGAGAAUAACUUCCUCCGCCUUCUACAUGGAUUCAAUACUGAAGGUAUUCACUUUUCUUGA